GAAGAAGAAGACUUUCACAUGACACCCCGCUCACUCCUUAUAAUGCUGCUAUCUGCUCACCAGGUCUUGUGACACAGAUGUCUUCCAUCAACAUGACGGCUUCUCUGAAGUUUGCGGCGCUGUUGCUGGUCUUUUCCGCUUGCCGGGGGUUUCAGUACAACGACGUCGACAUCGACGAAGAGGCUGAGCUCGCAGUUCAGCCUUCAAAAUACGGUUCACUGUGGCCUCUUCCGCAGAAAGUGCAGAUCUCAGAGGUUUCAUUCAAGUUGACCAGCAUCACCUUUAAAAUAGUUGAUGCCAAAGCCUCAUCCGCUGGCCCGAGCUGUGGCCUCCUUCAGGACGCCUACAGGAGGUAUUAUGAGUAUAUGUUUGGAGGUGCUAAAAGGCAGGGGCCGAGCAAAAGCAGGCGAGCAGGUCCAUCUGAGGUGACAGAGCUGCAGGUGUGGAUCACAUCACCUGACGCUGAGUGUGACGGUUAUCCCGGUCUGACUUCUGACGAGUCAUAUGAACUGUCCGUGGAUCAGCCGUAUGCUGUACUGAAAGCACCAAAGGUCUGGGGAGCCCUGCACGGUCUGGAAACUUUCAGCCAGUUGGUGUAUGAAGAUGAAUAUGGAGCCAAAAGCAUCAAUUCAACCACAGUCAGCGACUUCCCCAGAUUUGCACAUCGAGGCAUCUUACUGGACAGCUCUCGGCACUUCUUGCCCAUUAAAGUCAUCUUGGCUAAUCUGGAAACGAUGGCAAUGAACAAGUUCAAUGUUUUCCACUGGCACAUCGUCGAUGAUCCAUCCUUCCCUUAUCUGAGCCGAACGUUCCCACAGCUGAGUCAGCAGGGAGCUUACCAUCCAUACACACAUGUGUAUACACCUGCUGACGUGAAGAUGGUUAUUGAGUUUGCUCGUCUGAGAGGCAUUCGGGUCAUCCCAGAGUUCGACACUCCAGGACACACACAGUCUUGGGGCAAAGGCCAGGCAGAUCUGCUCACACCCUGUUACUCUGGCUCCACGCCUUCUGGCACCUUCGGACCUGUCAACCCCAUUCUGAACACCACGUAUGACUUCAUGAAGCAGUUCUUCAAGGAGAUCAGCGCCGUGUUCCCUGAUGCCUACGUUCAUCUGGGAGGUGACGAGGUGGACUUCACCUGCUGGAAAUCCAACCCAGACAUUCAGAGGUUCAUGGAACAGCAUGGCUUUGAACAAGACUACAGCAAACUGGAAUCGUUCUAUAUCCAAAGACUCUUGGAUAUCGUCACCACUACCAAGAAGGGCUACAUGAUCUGGCAGGAGGUCUUUGACAAUGGUGUUAAGCUGAAACCAGACACACUUAUCCACGUCUGGAAAGGAAACCAGCAGCAAUACCAGAAUGAGAUGGCAAAUGUUACAGCAUCAGGGUACCAGACCCUGCUGUCCACUCCCUGGUACCUGAACCGUAUCUCCUACGGCCAGGACUGGCAGGGACAUUACAAGGCCGACCCGCAGGAUUUCAAGGGAACUGAAGAACAGAAGAAGCUUGUGAUUGGCGGAGAGGCCUGUUUGUGGGGAGAGUAUGUGGACGCCACCAACCUGACACCCAGACUUUGGCCUCGUGCCAGUGCUGUGGCAGAGCGGCUAUGGAGCGCCAAGGAUGUGACGGACAUCAGUGACGCCUACAACAGACUGUCCAUGCACCGCUGUCGUAUGGUUGAGCGUGGGAUCCCAGCUGAGCCCUUGUUUUCCAGCUACUGUCCCCGUGAGUACAAGGGUUUCUGAGAACACUCGUCAUCCGCUGCAGAGAAAGGGAACCAAAAGCAUACACUAUCAACUCCAUGCUUGUAUUUUAAACAGAUAUCAAAUGAACUGCCUUUGUAGAGAUAUCACCAUACUGUGCAUGUGCCCUGAGACACAUCAUCCUUUUUAAAUCUACUCUACAGAACUCUCGAUGACAUCAAAUGCCAUAAAAACCGUGAAUCUAUGAAUGCACUCUUUUUUAAAUGUUUAUAUAAGUGAUUGUGAAUAAAAAAAUGUUAAAAUUUUA